ACGGUGCCGUUCCGUAAGAGUUAACCCUUUCUCCGUCGAAACCGACGUUUCGGUAAAACCCUAAUUUCGUCGUUUCAGUUUUAGCCUCGCAAUACCUAUCUCUCUCUCUCUCUCUCCGUCGAAACUUUCCAGUCGCCAAUUAAAGAAAUCACCAUCGCCCUCAACUGAUCCGUCUUCUCUCUCUUCCGCAGCAGGUAAAGCCUCGCCCCCCCUUCUCUCUCUAUAUGUAUGUAUCCACAUAUAUGCCCCGUUCUAGCAUGCUCUUCUCUCUCGGUGUGCGUGCUUCGUUGUUCGUGACGUAGACGAGGCAUCCAAUUCUUCGAAAGGGUUUUUCUUUUGGCGAAUGGAACCGGCGAUUUGAUAUCUGAGCGAAUAAAUUUCAUGUGUAGAUCUUCCGUGAAUUGAUGUCCCGGUUUGGCCUCCAAUCGUGUUUAAUGUUAAUUGGGAAUUCCAGCGUGCCGUGGCUUUGUUUGAACACAAAGCCAUGGAGGUUCAUCUGGAAGACCUUUUGGCCACAUGAGUUCAAAGAAACUGUUGCUUCAGAAUGGUUAAGGCUGCAUGGUGUUCGAAUCGAUGGAUUUCCAACCAAAUUGGUUCUCUUUGUGAAUGACGUAUUGCCAUAACAAUUAGUUUUCAUGUGUUGUGUGAAAUUUCAGGAAGACUGAAACGUAUGUAACAAAAUUAUCAUGUGAAAUCUGAAUGGACAAAGAACAGAAAUUAAAAGUCUAGUCCUAGGUUUGUGCACGUUUUACUUUCUGAAUAAAUGCAAUUGACAUUGUUUAAGAGCUGCUGUAGUUUUACUUUCUGGUGAUGGUGGGUACCCCUACAAAAAAUGGCCAAGUCCUCUUUGCAUUUGCAUAGCCAACCACCCGUAGCUAUGACAGCAAUCUUUCAUGAUAUGAUACAUGCCCUCACAGACUUUCCUGGUGGCUCCACCUUACUGUCCCUGGGGACUCCGAAUAUAUGCCUAGAUCGUUUGUACAGACAGGCUUUUUGGGUCCAAAGCAAGAGUCUUUCGGGUCUAGAGGGAAACAACCGACAUCGUACGUUAAGGUCCCUAAGUUAUCACUUAGUGGAAUAGAAAGUGAUCUGAGUGAUGACACCAAGGAGGGCAACCUCAAGAACUCUUCUGACUCAUACUCACAUUUUCAAAGGCCAAGUCAAAGGCUUGCCUCGAGGCCCGCAACAAGUGACUUGGCCUUACCCUCCAAAAGCCUACGCCGAGUCUAUGGGGCGUUCGGGCCUUUUGCGCAUCCGCAUUUCAUAUAACAAUUUGAUAUCAUGAUGUCUCCAGCAUUGAAAUCAAAGUCCAAGGACAAGAAGGCUGGGAAGGAACACCAGAAGACUUCAUCAAAGCCUUCAGGACCAGAUAAUGUUGCUAGUGGUAUUCCAAUCAGUGGAUACAAUCCCCUUCUGGGGAAAUUUCACACCAUCGAGACAGCACCUGUAUCUUCUGCUUCACCUCUUCAGAUUAAUGGCCGUUUCCAGACUAUAGACGAGAUAGAUGACCAUUCUGGCAAUUCGCUUGGAACCGGGAUCGAAUAUGAUACCGUUUCCAACAAUGAUAGCUGGUCUGGUGAGUCAGAGGACCAUAAAGAGAAAACAUCUCAUCAACCUCUCCGUCAGGAGGCAACACUAUCAGGAGCUGACAAUGACAAACGAGAAAAAAUCCGUCAAAAGAAUGAAAAGAAGCAUCAGCGUCAAAAAGAGAGGCGGGCCCUUGAACUGCACGAGCGGUGUCGUGGCUUUCUCAUGUCACGAAAGUUGGAAGCACUAACUCAACAGCUUGUUGCGAUGGGAUUUUCUUCAGAACAGGCAACUAGGGCUCUUAUUUUAAACGAAAGCAAAAUAGAGCAAUCAGUGACGUGGCUAUUUGAGGAGGGUGAAGCAGCAGCUAACUAUAAGGAACAUAAUAACCUUGAUGGGGGUAACCUUAAACUUGACAUAUCGGAGGAGCUAGCUCAUAUUGCAGACAUGGAGAUAAGGUACAUGUGCUCGAAGCAGGAUGCUGAAAAAGCUAUUGUUGCCUGUGAAGGGGACCUUGAGAAGGCAGCAGAAACAUUGAGACUGCAGAGGCACGACCAACCCUUUGCCUCGCCAAAGCCAGAAGAAACUGGCGAUCCACCAGUUGUCAGUAAUGGCAAGCUUUCAGUAUCUGGUAGUCAAAAUGCAUUGAGGGCUCAACCAAAGCCGAAUAAUGUAUCAAAGCCGAAUAAUGUAUCUAAUACAGUACAACAGAGGAGGGAUGAGAAAAAUUUUAAUUACACAAAAGCAGUUACGGUAGGAGUAGCUGUGGAAUCGGGGGGUAAAAGUUUGCAGGGUCUGAGGAAAGUUGAGCCUAAAUCGGAUUGGGUAAAACCGCAGCAAAUUGCAAUAUCUGCGGAUAAAAGGUGGCCAAUUGCGGGGUCAAGUCCUUCUGUAUCGUAUUCUUUGGCAUCACCACCUUUGGCAACAUCUCUGCCAACGAAAAUAGAAACCAGGUAUGCGUCAGUUGGAAGCGAAAUGAAGAAUCUUCAGAUGGGAUCAGUUAAUGAACCAGUAGUAGUGAUGCAGCGACCCAGAUCUGGCAACACAAACAAUGUAGAGGCUGUAAAGCCUAAUAAUGGAUUGUCACCACUCGUCCCUAGUACAAGAAGCCUUACUUCUAACAGCUUGAGUUCGAAUCAGUUGUUCAACCAACUUCAAUGUCAACAUCCUCAAUCUGUUUCCAGCGGGCCUGCAGAUUCCCCAGGAGCAAGUAGCCGGGGAAAUGGUUUGUGGAACAGAACGAUGAUGGGCUCGUCUCCUCCAACAAUUGCUGCCGCUUCGUCUCUUGGGUUUUUUUCUGGGUUGGGCUCAAAUGGGUCAUCUGGGUCAUCAUCUCCUGUAGAUUGGAAUGCUGGUGGCUCAAUGAGGCAGUUUGAUUAUGCAAACAUAGAUUGGACUUUGGAUCGGAGUUCAUCUGGAUCAAGGUCAAGCGGAAUGUGGCAGGGUGUGACUAGUUCUGUUAUGCAAAACAACAAUCAUAUGUACGACUCGUAUGCUUCUGGACCCAGUUCUAGGAUUUCAAUGAUACCGACAGCCUUGGCCAACAGGGGGUUUGUGGGAUUACAAGAUGUUGGAAUAGCUCCUCCUGCGGAAAUGUCUGCUGCUGGUGGUUCUUCUCGAGAGUGGUCUUCCCCUUUUGAGGAGAGAGACCUCUUCAGUUUACCCAGACAAUUUGUUUCUCCCCCUUCCCUGUAGGAUGAGCGGAGAGGAAUUGAAAUAAAAUGGAAAAGAAAAUGAAAAAGACCAGAAAUUGUGUUUGAAUUACUUUUUGGUGUUGGUUCUUAUGAUGCUGGUUCUUUGACGAUUGUGAUGGUCAAAUCUUAUUAGUGGAAAAAGCGUCCGAGAACCCUUUCAUUUC